UUAGAAAUGGCGGACCGUCGAGACCGACAGGCCAAAGAGACUGUGUUUUGGACAACCGCUAAAGGCAUGGCCAGCCCGACCUUUGUGGUGCCAGGGGUCAGUGAUGUGGGUAACCUCCGACCCCGGGUCAAGGGCGGCCGCACAAAAGAGGUCAAGGCUGCGGUACCUGUGGAACAACUAGUGGUGGAGACGUUGGAUCCCCUGGGCUCGACCAUCACCACGGCAACCAUGCUCACCACUGAUGUGUCACAGAGCAAUGCCACGACGGAGGUUGCUUCGUCGGUCCCGGGCCAGCGCGUGUCUCUCCGUGACCUGUGUGUCGAGGACAAAAAACGUGUCGCUAACUUGAUCAAGGAGCUGGCCAAGGUGGGGGAGGAGAAGGAGAAGGCGCAGGAGGUUCUGGAGCAGGAGAGGCUUCAGUACCAGGAGCAGAUCCUACGUCUGGUGGAGCAGCAGGAGCAGAUACUGCAGGAGAGAGAAGAGGUGAACAAACGUCUGAUGGAGUACCAGGACUACAUUCUGCGGCUGAAGAAAGAACGACAACUCCGCGCUCCGCAGCAGCCGCAGAAGCUACAGCCGCAGGAAACUGCGAUAAACGACAAGAUCGGCGGUGGAGUGAUGAAUCAUGGGAAGGCCGCACAUGUCCAUCGGCCUCCGCCCUCACCCCGACCCCCACCCCCACCGCCACUGCCCCCAGCCAUGUCUAAUGGUAGUGGUAGGAGGAAUGAUGAGGAGGGGGGUGGAGGAUUUAGUGGGGAGGAGGAGGAGGAAGAAGCCCCUCCCAGCUCUAAGCCCCGCCCCCCGCGACCCUUCACCACCCUCAUCGACCAGGAGCUGGCCAAUCAGAAGCGAAUUCUGGCCCUGACGGUCGACUCUGCUGCAGCUCUUGAGGGGGAGGAGGAGGAGGAGAGGGUGGAGGUAGAGAGGGAGAAGCGGAGAAAAGCUGGAGGUAAAACCGGAACGUUGAGGGAUCGUGUGAACACGGGUCAAAGGUCGUUGGAUAAACAAGGGUCGUCGGAGGGGAGGGGAGGAGGAGGGGGAGAUGGUGGUGGCCGCUACUUCGAGAACAAACCACAGCAAGUGCACGUCGUCGCGGGCAACCGAGCGUUUUUAUCUCCCGAGAAAAACGAGCUGAUCACCAGGUAUAUGGAGAGUCAGACGGAAGCCUAUCGGGCGUAUGAUGCCGCGGCAGCCGCCGUAGCCUUUACGGGUGGCCAGGAAAACAACCACAACAACCACAACAACGACGUACAUCCGGACAGAGAGAACCAGAACCCCAUGGAAGACGGGAAGAAGGGAGAGAGGAGGAGGAAGAAAAGAAAGAAGCAGAGGCCUCCGUCGAGUUUCGGUCCCCUCCACCCGCCCAUCAUGUCCAGCACGCAGAAGAGCUCGGAGUUUGUGGACCUCGUUUCUGUCGACUCGUUGGUCGUAUCGGAAGUCCCGCCCCCUGCCUGCGAUAACCACGGAGAUAAACGUCCCGGGAAUUUACGAAAAGACGGAGGGAGUGACGGGAAUAGAGAGAAGAGAGAAAAACGUGGUGGGGUUGUUGAGAGAAAGGGUGGUAGAAAUGAUGGACGUAAUGAAGAUUAUGAAAGUUCGUAUAGUGAUCUUGAUGAUGAUGACGAUGAUGAUGAUGAUGAAAGUGUGAACAACAAAGCGUUUGGCGAUGGUGUUGCUGCUGCGGUUGUUGCGGUGGAUGGCGGCAGGGGGGACUACAACGAGAACAGCGGGAGAAAAAGGGGAGGCAAGCGAGGUCGCACGGCCAAGGUCGAGUUCUCGGACAAGCCGGGUCAGAGGUCGGAGGAGGAGAUGGCGGCGCAGGUCGACCCGGGGCUGUUGUCUGCCUAUAGGCAGAUGUCGGCGCCGGAACGGAAGCGGGAGCUGAUGAAGCAGCGGUCUAUGCUGCUGGAGGAACAGAACCGGCUGAGGGAGAUCCUGGCCCAACAGGAGUAUCAGCUCAAGCGCAUGCAGAAGGAGCUGUCGGACAAGGAGAUGGCCUUGACCCAUAAAGAGAAACAGCUGGCGGCGGAGAGAGAGAGCGUGGCACAGCGCCGGCUACAGCAGCAGGGAGACGCAGGGGUCAGGGGUCGGGACGGGACAGCAAUGGCUGCCGGGGUCAAAGAGAGUCAGUGUACGCCGAGAACUGAACCAGCCAAUCAGAACGCUGGCUCUGAUACGCCGCCGACCAAUCAGAAUGGUCGCUUUGAUGUACCGACCAAUCAGAAUGCUCGCUCCGAUGUACCAGCCAAUCAGAAUGCUGGCUUUGUUGUGACGACGACGGAUGGGAUGAGACGGAGAGAAGUGGAGGAUGGCCGCGCGGAGGGAGAGUGGAAGGUGGACGUGGGGACCAGCAUAUCCUACGCUCAUUUGCCCAGGGAGGAAUUUGUCGGCGAGACGAACACAGCGACGCAGACAAGGAGACAAACUGGGGCUCCGAUAAAGACGUCCAGCAAGUCUAGGAAGAAACAGCCACCGUUGUCACCUGGGGACAAAACCUUGAGUGUGCUGGAGAUCAUCAACUCCAUGUCCCCUAGAGACGGUGCUCCGCCCUCGGCCGCCGCAGGAAGGUCAAAGGUCAACAACAAGGACAGCGGCCAUUGGCUGCGGCAGGAGGCGAGGUCGCGGGGUCACGGUGGGGUCAGCGAUACGAGGUCGUCCCGAGAGUCGUGGACGAGGAGUGCCAGGGGUAGAUCGUCGACUGGCGGGACAUCGCAACAUGCACCCACGGGGACCACAACAGCUCAACGACACGGCGAUUUCUAUCCAGAUUUCUAUCCUGAUUUGUCUCCGUCUUCACGCUUGGCACAGCAGCAGCACUGGGGUGAAGGUCGCAGUGACCCCCUUCGGCCAGGAAAGAGGUCGUGGGGGUCGGCAAAGGUGGAUGCGACGAGGACGAACUUUGGUACAGACAAACCCGCUCCCCGACGGACGCAGAACCUUCCAGAAGGUUUUUCCAAUCGCACAAAUAACAGAAUGACUGUCGGCGGUGACGAGGGGGAGGAGGAGGAUCAGGAUUUGAACCUUGAACUCUUUGAGCUGAAAAGGAGGCCGCCGAACCCCUCGCGGCUCAGUGCGGCUGUGCCGGAGGUCGUUGUAGCAGCGUUGUCGUCGUCUCAUCGCGGGAAACACGAUGGAGGUUCGGGGUCCGUGUUGUCGAUAGACGGGAGUUUCAGCACGGCCGUUUACGAGGGCGUGGAUUACAACGAUGAAGAUGAUAACAUCGACGACAUCGUCGACUCUCUGACGUCGGUGGAUAAAAUAGCCGACGGGGAGGUCGGGGAGGAGGAGGAGGAGGAGGGUCGCAGAGGAAGAUGGAGGAGGAGCGAUAAGGAUAACAGUCUCGAUUAUAAUGAUGAUGAUGAUGAAAUUAUUGCUAAUGAUGAAAGCUAUAAUGACGAUAAUGAUGAUGAUGAUUUUGAUGAUGAUCUUGUCAAUGUUGUUAUCAGGACUUUCGGAGAUGCUUUGCUGAGUCCACGGUAUGAUGAUGAUGUCGUUGAUGAUUUAGGGGACGGUUUGGAUGACGGUGGCGACAGCGACUGUGGUGAUGGUUUGGAGGAGAGCCAGAUAUUGGAGGACGUGUUUUUCGUCAAGGCCUGAACUUUUCAAAAUACGUUUGAGAGCAUGUCUGUGAUAUGUGAGGCCCCGUGGUGAAAUCAGGCGCUUGUCAAAGUUGUGAAAUCAAAGAGGCCGGCAUUUUUCUGAGCGUCUAGCAAUUUAAAAAAAAUUUUUUUUUUUAUCAGCACCUUUUAUUUCUUUGUAAAAACACAUU